CACCGCCGAGCGUAGCAGAGAGAGAGAGAGAGCGAAGACGACACCACUGACCACCGGAGCAAAGGACAACCGUGAAAAUGGCGAUCGAAAUUCAAAAUGUAUACGCCACGGAAGAUCCUCUCACUCAAUCUACGCUUCCAUCGCCACUCUGAACCAACUUAUAGCAUCUGGAAACUUUUCAAGGACGCUACUGACGAUAUUUUUCUUACUCGUGCGCUCUCUUACACUGAUAAAUUCGCCGCAGUGGGUUUAGUCAGUCCGUCUUCGUCCGCUUUUUGAUCUAUCAGAAAGGAAGCAGAUAUCAUCAGGGGAGACCAUUGUUGUGACAAUGAAUGGAGAUAGCCAUAAACUUGCUGCAAAUCCAGUCUCCUUUGCCAGAAGUUAUCAAUUGGAAGCUCUAGAGAAAGCACUGGAACAGAAUACGGUUGUUUUCUUUGAGACCGGAACUGGGAAGACUCUAAUAGCAAUCAUGCUUCUUCGAAGUUAUGCUCAUCUUCUCCGAAAGCCUUCACCCCACAUUGCUGUUUUUUUGGUCCCUACUGUUGUUCUGGUAACCCAACAAGGUGAAGCAGUGUCUGUCCAUACUGAUUUGAGAGUGGGCCACUAUUAUGGUGAGUUGGGUGUCGACUUUUGGAAUGCAGCCAUGUGGAAGCAUGAGGUGGACCAACACGAGGUGCUUGUCAUGACUCCUCAAAUAUUGCUCAAUGCUUUGAGGCACAAGUUCUUGGGACUCGAGCAGAUAAAGGUUUUGAUAUUCGAUGAGUGUCACAAUGCGAGAGGCAAGCACCCGUAUGCUUGCAUAAUGACGGAAUUUUAUCAUCGGGAGUUGGCAUCAAGUACUCCACAGCUUCCUAGAAUAUUUGGGAUGACUGCUUCCCCAAUAAAGGCUAAAGCCUCAAAUUCAUCGGCAGCCUACUGGAAGCAAAUUAGUGAACUUGAAAAUCUUAUGAAUUCAAAGGUCUACACAUGUGAGUCUAAUGAGGUCAUAGCUCAGCAUGUUCCAAAUUCAACCGCAAAAUUGAAGGAAUACAAUCAUGUAGAUAUUUCUCAGAUGACUCAUGCAUGUCUAUAUGAGUUGAAUAAUUUGCUAUCUAAGCAUCGCCUUUCUAUCAGUGCACUGGAUAUUUCAGAAUCUGAUGCUGAAGCAGCACGAAAAAAAUUACACCAGCUUUGGUCUACUUUAAUGUAUUGUUCAACAGAGCUAGGCAUUUGGUUAGCCAUGAAAGCGGCGGAGGUCUACUCUCGUCAAGAAGAUGUGUUUUUAUGGGAUAAGAUGGACAUAUCUGUUGAGAGAGUUCUUAGAGCUUUCAGUUCAGAUGCAGUCAAGGCCUUUUCUCAAUGUAUUGCAUCAGGUUCACACUGGUCAAGCUGUCAGGAUUUAAUGCAUAACAUGAGUGCAGGGUAUCUUACAUCCAAAGUGAUGUGUCUCAUUGAGAUUCUUCUUGAGUACAGGGAAGCAUCUGAUUUGAGGUGCAUAAUAUUUGUUCAGAGGAUAGUGACUUCAAUUGUACUUAAAUGUUUUCUAAACGAGUUACUCCCAAAUAUAUGUGGUUGGACCACAGAGUACACAGCAGGAAACACAAGUAAGCUGCGUUCUCAAAGUAGAAAGGAACAAAAUGCAAUUAUUGAUAAAUUUCGAAAUGGGAAGGUAAACAUCAUCGUUUCAACCUCCUUGUUGGAAGAAGGUUUAGAUGUGCAAAGUUGCAAUCUUGUUAUUCGAUUCGAUGCUUCUGCAAAUCUAUGUAGCUUUAUUCAGUCCCGUGGUCGUGCUCGAAUGCAGAACUCAGAUUUUGUAUUAAUGGUGAAAAGUGGUGAUGGUCCGGCUCGGGCUCGUGUGGAGAGCUAUUUGAGUGGUGUAGAUAUCAUGCGGAGAGAGUGUGUGGAACAUUAUGAUGUUCCUUGUGAACCACUUGGUGAUGAAAUGCAUGGUGAGCCAUGGUACGAAGUUGAAAGCACCAAAGCAAUUGUUACACUGAGUUCUAGUGUGUCGCUGCUGUACUAUUAUUGCUCACGGCUGCCUUCAGACGGAUAUUUCAAACCUCAUCCACGGUUUUCCUAUAAUAAGGAGCUGGAAAGCUGCACAUUACACCUUCCAAAUAACUGCCCUAUCCAAACUGUUGCUGUCCAAGGAAGCACCAAAUUUCUAAAGCCACUUGUAUGCCUGGAAGCUUGCAAGGAACUUCACAAAGUUGGUGCCCUGACAGAUUAUCUUGUACCAGAUAUUGUGGAGGAAGAAAGGGAUGCUCAGUAUUGUGCAAUAGACUAUCAUGACGAACAUUCAAAAUACUUCCCUCCAGAACUGCUUGGUUCUUGUGACAACAAGUCUGAAACACUGUAUCACUGCUAUUUACUUGAGCUAAAGUCCAACUGCCAAUAUGAUGUCAAUCUUCAAGACAUCUUGUUGGUUGUCCGCACAAAGCUACCCACUGAUCUCGAGGGUUUGAGCCUUGAUUUUGAUAUCGAUAGGGGGAGUCUUACAGUGCACAUAAAAUAUAUUGGAUAUGUGAUGCUGAGUUCCGUGCUGGUUUCUCGGUGUCAACGCUUCCAGCUGACUAUUUUCAAAAUUCUUCUUGAUCAUAACCUAAAUAAGCUUAGUGAAGAAAUGGAUAAGUUCUCAAAGAGAGAUGGCUCUGCAAUAUUUGAUUAUCUUCUUCUUCCAGCUCUACACUUAAAUGGAACUGUAAAUAUGGACUGGAAAUCCAUCAAUGCUGUGUUAUACCCAGAAAAUACUUUCUGGGAUGAACAUACUCAUUGUUUUUCAACUAGAGGUCAUGGCCAUUACGUACACACUAAGGAUAGUUUGGUGUGUUGCUGCCAUUUAGAGAAGUCGUUAGUCCGUACACCUCAUAAUGAUUAUCUGUAUUGUGUUACUGGAACUUUGGAUGGCAUUGAUGGUAACACAAAUUUUACACUUGAAGACGGAACUAGACUUACAUAUAAAAGAUAUUAUGAGCAAAGACAUGGUAUCAGCUUGCAAUUUGAGGGAGAGUUCCUUCUUCAUGCGAAGCGCAUUUUUAAUGUGCAAAACUACCUUCACAGAUGUAGAACUCCAACCAAGAAAGAAUCGAGCACCAAUUCCUAUGAAUUACCACCUGAACUUUGUUCGAUCAUCAUGGCGCCUGUAUCUGUUUCUACGUUCUAUACUUUCUCAUUCCUUCCAUCCGUUAUGCAUCGUAUUCAGUCACUGCUUAUGGCUUACAACUUGAAAACUAUGCAUUUGGAUCCGUGUGGUCAAAAUGUUGUCGUUCCUACUGUCAAGGUUUUGGAGGCAAUCACUACGAAGAAAUGUCAAGAAAAAAUACAUUUGGAAUCUUUGGAGACACUUGGUGACUCUUUUCUGAAAUACGUUGCUACAAAACAAUUAUUUCAAGUGUUUCAAAAUAGGCAUGAGGGACUUCUUAGUGCAAAACGAGAGAGAAUAAUCUGCAAUGCCACAUUGUGCAAGUUGGGAUGUGACCGCAAAAUCACGGGCUUUGUACGCAAUGAACCAUUUGAUCCAAAAGCAUGGAUAAUACCUGGCUCUAAUUGUGCCGAUCAUAUUCUAGGUGAAGAGGUUAUUUCAUCUACAAGAUUUGGAGUUGGGAGAAUCAGGAAACUUAAAAGCAAGAUUAUAGCAGACGUAGUUGAAGCACUAAUUGGUGCUUACCUCAGCACAGGGGGUGAAGCUGCAGCUUUAUCAUUUAUGGUAUGGCUUGGCAUUGAAAUCGACUCUGUUGGUAUACCUUAUACAAGGAACUUUGCAGUGAAGCCAGAGGUGCAUGUCAAUAUCGGAUAUUUUCAGUCUCUCUUAAACUACACUUUUCGAGAUGCUUCUCUCCUGGUUGAGGCCUUAACACAUGGCUCCUAUAUGCUACCCGAAAUUCCAGGAUGUUACCAGCGCCUGGAAUUUCUCGGGGAUGCGGUGCUAGAUUAUCUGAUCACUAAGCAUCUCUACUACAAGUACCCCAACCUCUCUCCCGGAUUACUGACCGAUCUAAGAUCUGCAUCAGUGAAUAAUGAGUGUUACGCUCUAUCGGCAAUCAAGGCCGGGCUGUACAAGCAUGUACUCCACACUUCCCAGGUGCUUCACAAGCAAAUAGUCCACUCUGUAAGAAAGUUCAAGGAAUCCGGCAUGGCCUCAACUUUCGGGUGGGAAUCGGAGACAACUUUCCCAAAGGUGCUGGGCGACGUAAUAGAAUCUCUAGCCGGGGCCAUAUAUGUCGACUCGGGGUACAAUAAGGAAGUGGUUUUCGAAUGUAUGCGGCCUCUUCUUGAGCCGCUGGUGUCUCCGGAGACAGUGAAGCUCCAUCCAGUGAGGGAAUUGAGCGAAGUAUGUCAACGAGAGCAUUAUGUUCUGAUGAAGCCGGUAGUUUCGUAUAAAAACGGCGUGGCGCACGCUACGGUGGAGGUUGACGCGAACGGGGUAUUGCAUAGAGAGACAUGCUGUGAAGCAGACAAGAAAACAGCCAAAAAACUAGCCUGCAAAGCUGUGCUAAAGUCCCUAAAAGAAAGCAUGUUAUCGACGAUGUCCUGUGGGUAGACAUUACAGACAGUAGACGAUGAGGUCAGGACGUCGUUUUAUUGAAAAGGAAUAAAAAGGACUUAGUCUCAGACACCCAACCUCAUACUGUAACGAUGAGCACACAUCGAUUUUCCUUGGAUUUUGAGGUAUAAACUUGAUUCCCUGUCAUAGGGUGAUGAAUUUUUGGAAGUUUGGAACUGAGUUGGAUUUUUUUGUGCUUGAGUUCGGCUCGAGUUUAGUUUGUGUUUAUUCGUUAAGAAAUAAGAACUGAAAUUUUGUUUGAAUUUGACUCGAUAAGAAGUAUUUUUUUGU